AUGUCGCAAUUGGAUCCUUUGCCCAAUGAUCUUCCUUUCCGGAUCGUUUCCAAGACCGUGGGUCGAGGAGCAUAUGCGUCCAUCAAAAAAGCCAUCCCACUAGAUGCACCAACGCCAAUAUUUGCUGUUAAACUGAUUCACAAGGGCUACGCUGUCAAACAUGGCCGCAUAUCCACCAAACAGCUCGCCAUGGAGGUGUCUCUUCACUCACAUAUCGGCCAGCACCCCAACAUCAUCGAGUGGUUUGCUUCGGGAGAAGACGAUAUAUGGCGAUGGAUUGCCAUGGAGUACGCAGAGGGUGGUGAUCUAUUUGACAAGAUUGAGGCUGAUGUAGGCGUGCGAGAAGAUAUCGCUCAAGUCUACUUUGUCCAACUCAUCGGCGGCGUGAGCUUCAUGCACUCCAAGGGUGUGGCACAUCGUGAUCUCAAGCCAGAGAAUAUUCUACUCUCCUCAGACGGAUCCCUAAAACUUGCCGACUUUGGCAUGGCUACCAUGUUCGAGUACAAGGGCCAACGAAAGCAAAGUUCAACUCUAUGCGGCAGCCCCCCCUAUAUUGCCCCUGAGAUUCUUGCUUGUGGGCGUGCGGUGGACAAGAAGGCACCGGACGCUGCCAAGUACUCACCAGAUCUGGUUGAUGUAUGGUCUUGUGGUGUGAUCCUGUUCGUCCUACUCAUUGGUAAUACACCUUGGGAUGAGCCCUCGCCGGGCAGCUGGGAAUUCCAAGAAUAUGUGCGCACAUCUGGCCGCAGCACCGAUGCACUCUGGAGUAGGAUACCUGCUGAAGCCUUAUCGUUGCUCCGAGGAAUGAUGAGUAUCGACUCUUCAAAACGAUUCAACUUCACUCAAGUACGCCAGCAUCCUUGGUACACGAGACAUAAUGCCCUCCUCAGUGCGGACGGUCGAGUCACAGAUCCCAUUAACUUGGCGACACAAAUGCUGGAGAAUCUCCGCAUCGAUUUUACUCACCAGCCAACAUCGCAGCCUUCUUCCAGCGACCACAUGGACCUCGAUACCGGUCUAAAUGCUGGAAAGUUCUCCUCUACCCAACCCGAGACACCCAUUGCCGACAAGGAAUGGGAUUGGGAACGUCCACCACUAAAAUCCGUGGCCUCACCAGCAUCAUCGCUACCACAUUCUCGUCGAGCUAUGAUUGACACACUUGCUGAUGAGCCUACAAUGUCUCAAUUCUCGCAAACCCCCGGCCCUUCGAUGACUUUGACACAACAAGCCCGUCGGUUCCGCGAUAUCUGCCCACCAGAAUCUCUUACUCGCUUCUUCUCUGCUGUUCCACCAGCACACAUUAUCCAAAUGCUCAGCGAUGCACUCCAUCACCUCAACAUUCCAUCAGCUCCUGUUUUGCCAAACCCUUAUGGUAACCCAGUUGCCCAUAUGAAAGUCAAGGCUCUGGAUGGUCGCCAACAGAAUCUCCACGGCGAGAUCCAGAUCGACCGGCAGCCUUUGCACGAUGGCACUGAGCUUCUUGAUAUUCGAUUCGUCAAGGUCAAAGGAGAUCCUCUCGAAUGGCGACGAUUCUUCAAAAAGGUGGUUGUUUUGUGUAAGGACGGAGUUUACGUCCCGGAGUCUUAG